GGUAUUUGUUUGUUUUGAACCGGGGUUUGCCAUGGCAACAGGUGUUAGUGAUUAAUUUCGUAAACUUUUGAAAGGAUAUCUCGUAAUUUGACACUUUACAUCGCGAUGUCGCAAUAAUCGAAAUGUUCAUCUACUUAAGCAAGAAAAUCGCUAUACCCAACAAUUUAAAAGUAAAUUGCGUUCAAUGGAGCUCAGAAAACGGCUGUAUAGCUGCCGGAGGAGAAGAUGGGCUGCUGAAGAUAAUGAAGCUGGAUUCAGAAAAAACCAAAAACGCCGGUGGAACCUCGAUGAACCAAAACCUAGAAGGACAUUCCGGUAAUGUACAGAUUGUAGCUUGGAACGAACAGUAUCAGAAGUUGACUUCCAGUGAUGAUAAUGGGUUGAUAAUUGUAUGGGUAUUACAUAAGGGCACAUGGUACGAAGAAAUGAUUAACAAUCGAAAUAAAUCUGUAGUUAAAGGUGUGGCUUGGAAUUACGAUGGACAAAAAGUAUGCAUCGCUUAUGAAGAUGGAGCUGUAAUUGUGGGAUCAGUCGAUGGAAGUCGUAUUUGGGGCAAAGAGUUGAAAAAGCUCGGAUUAACAGCUGUUCAAUGGUCUCCAAACUCUAAAUAUAUUUUAUUCGGUACUCGAAAUGGUGAAUUGCAUCUGUACGACGAUGAAGGAGUAUUUACGACGAAAAUCAAAGUAUGCUGUUUGCCUGCUGUUCACGUGAUCAUUCAUAUUGCAGCUAUUCAUUGGUAUAAUGGUCGUAAUGGUUAUGUCGAAGAGAAUUGCCCUGUUCUAGCCAUAGUUUAUCAAUCAGGACACAUGCAGUUGAUGAAAAAUCAGCACGAUGAAAAACCUAUCAUAUUAGAUAUCGGUAUGUACGUUAGCAGCUGUCGAUGGAAUCACGAUGGUAGUAUUUUGGCUGUAACCGGUUCUACGAUUUUAGUAGGAGAGGCCAAAGAGACGAACAUAGUUCAGUUUUUUUCACCUUAUGGCGAGCACAUUCGUACGUUGAAAUUACCCGGUAGCCAGGUCUCUGAUUGCAGCUGGGAAGGUAGUUCGUUGAAGAUCGCUUUAGCUGUGGAUACGUUUGUAUUUUUCGCCAACAUUAGACCGAAUUAUUCGUGGUGUUAUUUCUCCAAUACAGUUGUGUUUCCGGUGAAAAAUCAUUUAAAAAAUGAAACCGUCGUUACGUUCUGGGAUACGAAAAAUAACGAAUGUAAUCAGAAAAUUGUCAAAUCGUUACUUUCACUGGAUGCUCAUAAAGAUCAUUGUGUGAUGGCCAUUGAAACUGAAACGUCCAGUGCUCAGUAUAUGUUGAUGGUGUGCAAUGUUUUGACUACAGUGAUCGAUUGUAAAUUUAUGGAUCUGAAACCGAUCUGGGUUUGUAUCAAUAGUACCCAUAUUUUUGCUGCUUCUCAAGAAAAUUUCAUCGUGUGGCAUUACAUAACUCCAAAAUCACGAUCUUCGAUGUUCAAAUUGGGAAACGCCAGUCACAAAAAAGAAAGACUUUAUCACAUCGACGACACACCUUCCGGAGUAGCUGAAGUUAUUCAAGAUCUGGAUAAAAAUUUCGAGUUUUCAUCGAGGUCGCAGCCUACCAAAGAUCCAAUUUGCUGCAUGACGUGUUCCAAUAAAACGCUUUUGAUCGGAAGACGUAGCGGAACAAUUCAGAGAUACACUCUACCUCAAGUUGCUCUUAUUCAGAGAUUCGCUCUGUCCACCAGACCUCAAUCUAUAGCUAUAAAUUGCAAUAGCACAAAAUUCUCCGUUAUCGAUUGCACCGGAGCUCUCUCAUUGAUCAAUUUGCAUAAAGAUAUCCCUGACAAGUACGGUGUGAGUAAAGAAGACGGUGGAGUGCAAAUCGACAGAAGAGAUGUUUGGGAUAUGAAAUGGGCCUCUGAUAAUCCGCAAUAUUUAGCGAUUAUGGAACGAAAUCGAAUGUACGUGUUGAAAGACGGGCUUCCAGAAGAACCUAUCAAUAGUUCAGCGUAUAUAGCUGAUUUUGAGAAUUUAGAAAUCAAAGGGGUGCUAUUGGAUGAAGUUAUUACAUCUGCGGAUAAACUGAGUCCAGAAAGUGUAAUUAAUUUUGAAACGAAAUCUCUACGUGAUACAAGAGAACUGCUACAAAAAAUUGGUAUUCAAGAAGCGACCGCUUUUAUCGAGAAAAACCCUCAUCCGAGAUUAUGGAGAUUACUGGCUGAAGCAGCUCUCCAAAACUUGGACUUGACCACAGCUGAGAUGGCCUACGUUCGAUGCAACGAUUACGGAGGUAUUCAGCUCAUCAAGAAAUUAUCAAACAUACAAAACGUUCAACUCAAAAAAGCCACCAUCGCCGCAUAUUUUGGCAAAUUCGACGAAGCUGAAGAACUCUACUUGAUGGCUGAUCGUCGAGACUUGGCAAUCGAGCAACGUGAAAAACUAGGAGACUGGUUCAAGGUGAUCGAAUUAAUGAGAACAGCCUCGGUGAGCUCGGAUAGCCAGAUGACCAAAGCGUGGAAUAAUAUAGGAGAUUAUUUCCUGGAAAGGAAUAAAUUAGAAGCUGCCAAAGAGUAUUAUUUAAAAGCGAGCAAUUACGAAAAACUAAUCGUCUGUUAUCAGUAUUUAGAAGAUUACGACUCCCUAGAAUCGUGUGUAUCCAUGUUACCUGAACAGAGUCCCUUAUUGAAAAAAAUUGGCGAGAUAUUUAUGAACGUAGGAAUGUGCUCGCAAUCUGUCAACGCGUAUUUGAAGUGUGAUGCUGUCCAAACGGCCGCAGAAGUAUGUGUCAAGCUCAACGAAUGGGAUCGAGCUCUUCAAUUAGCCAAUCAGUACAAAACAAACGUACAAAUUUUGCAAAUGUUCGAAAAACACGUCCAUCAAUUGCUUCAAAAAGGCAAAACACUAGAUACUAUUCAACUUUAUCGUAAAGCAGAACGAUAUUUGGAAGCUGCCGAGUUGCUUUUUGAUUUGGCCAAUGAUCAAAGUAAAAAAUAUCCUCCUGCUUUGAUGAAGAAAAUGUAUGUUUUGGUAGGCUUACUGGUAGAGGAUUACCUCAAGCAUGCUAAAGUGAAAUCGAAAUCUGAAGGUAGUCGAGCUAAAACAAUCGGAGGUAUCGAUGUAGACUCAAUCAGAAGUAUUAAAUUACUGGACAAUCCUUGGUAUUAUGCUGAAGCUUACCAUCUACUCAUGUUAUCACAAUUGCAAAUGAUGAAUGGUAAUCUCGAUUCUGCUUUAAAAAUAGCUGUCAGGUUACGCAACUACGACGAUAUACUCGAUCCAAUACAAAUAUACAGCAUCAUCACAACUUCUGCCAUUUGCUGUAAAGCUUUUGAUACAGCUUCGAAAGCAUUCAUAGAAUUAGAAGCAAUUCCAUCAGAACGUCAGAAGGAGUACGAAUUGAUGGCUUUAAAUCUGUUCAGUAAAAAUGAACCCAAAGAUCCCACCGAUAAAUUUUCCAGAUGCUCAAAUUGCUCACGUGUCAAUUCGUUAUGGGAUUCCAAAUGUGAGGGGUGUAACGUUCAAGGAAUGGUGUGCAUGGCUACUGGACAAAUCAUUGAGAACAUAUCCGAUGGAUGGCAAUGUACUGUAUGCAAACAUUUCACCCUUUUUGCCCAAAUGGUGUCGAUGAAAACAUGCCCGUUGUGUCAUUCACCUUCAAAACUGUGAUAUUUUUUUUUUCAAAAUAGCUGGAUUUACUUUGAUUAUUUGUUUAUUUUCAAUCCUUGGAUCAAUUAUACGUUGCCUCGAGUGUUUUUUA